ACCUUCUCCAUUAUAUGGGUGGUGCUACUUAUGACGUGUUGUGCAACAAGUUAAAGAAUGCAGAACCGCAAACUAAAACGUUCCAGGAAAUUGUUUCCAUUCUUCAAGAGCAUUUCAACCCAAAUCCUUUAGAAAUUUUGGAAAAUUUCAAGUUUGCAAAUCGGAAGCAAGCUGAAAACGAAACACUGUCUACGUAUCUAAUGGAAUUGGAGAAGCUAGCACAAACAUGCAAUUUUGGGGAUUACCUCGACAAAGCCUUGAGAAACCAAUUUGUAUUCGGACUCCAAAACCGUGCGAUCCAAUCGCGGUUGCUCGAGGUGCGCGACUUAACAUUGGCUAAAGCGAAGGACAUAGCUUUUAGUAUGGAAAUGUCAAAUCGAGGCGCAGACGAAAUACACGGCGCCGGUGCAGCGUAUCCAGUUCAGCACAUCAGCACCACGAGCAAGAAGAAGAGCAAGCCAACAACGGUUCAAAGGAAAACAGCUUGCUAUCGGUGUGGAAACGAAGAGCAUUUUGCGGAUAAGUGUCGACACCGGAAUGCAAUUUGCAACUACUGCAAGAAAAUGGGACACUUGGAUAAAGUGUGUCGUACAAAACUACAACGAGCAGGAGUACACACACUGGAGUACGAGCCUGAUCUUCCUGCCUGUGACGAUGACGUUGUGGAUGUGCUCAACCUGAGAGCAGUGCAAAAUCUGGCGGGUCAAUAGUACAAGCGCAACCAUCCAACCCUCCACCAAUGAGUUUUCCAUCAGAGGC